CCGAAGAACACCACAACAAUGUCCGACAACCUAUUGAAGGAUGCGCUUGUGUUUGUGUUCAUGUUUUUCACCAGGAUCAUUGUCACCGCAUACACUUACGCCACACUUCCCGUCUACUAUGUGUGCCAAAAGCCGUGGCAACGACUGGCCGUCGCUAACCGCUGCGGCGGUCACCAAACGGAUCCGACGGACCCGUACUCGGAGUGGGAGCGCGAGAUUGAGAUACCACAGCAUCCGCUCAUGUCGUGUCAGACGGUGUGCGAAGCCAUCGACAAAGUCCGAGAGUUGUAUCCGUUGGACAAACCGUCGGUCGGCUAUCGGGAAGUGUUGGCCGAAGAGGUGCAGUGCGAUCGCGACGGACGGCCCAUCAAAAUGGACGGCAAAGUGUUGCGAAAGUAUCGCCUCAGCGACUAUAAGUGGCUAACACUGGGACAAGUGUGCGACCGGAUUGACCACAUUUCGCGCGGCCUUAUGGACGCCGGUCUCCAGAAGGGCGAUCGGGUGGCCAUCUAUGCCGAGACCGGUGUCCAGUGGUUUCUCAUGAGCGGCGCGAUCGCCAAAAUGGGCGGCGUUUUGGUCACAGUUUUUCAUACGCUCAGCGAUGAGGGACUCGUUCACGCCCUCCAAGAGACCGAAGUGACAGCACUGGUGACCAGUUUUGAGUUGAUUACCCGCGUGUCCGCACUGUCCGUUCAAUUGCCACUUCUUAAGACUGUUGUCUACUUUGAAGGGCCGAAGAAAGAGCUAAACUAUACCUUCAGAGACAGUAUUAAAGUAUUAUCGUUGAGCGAAUUGGAGGCCAACGGCAGAGACAAUGGACACAAGUAUACGAUCACGUCGUUAGAUCCGGACGCCGAGUGUAUGAUAAUGUACACGUCGGGCACCAGUGGUCUGCCAAAGGGUGUGAUCGGCACAUCCCGGCAGCUGAAGGAGGCGGCGAUGGCUAUGGGCCAAGUGGUCAGGAAUGUGAUAAUGGACGGCCCGACACACACCUACAUCGCUUACCUGCCACAGGCGCACAUACUGGAGGCCACGAUCGAGGUGUUUCUGUACUUGGGUGGUGUCCGCAUUGGUUUCGCCACACCAUUCACGCUCAAUGAGUCGGCCCCCGGUCUGGCCGACGGCACCGUAUGUGAUAUACAGCUACUCCGGCCCACUAUUAUGACUACCGUUCCCCUCGUGUUGGACCGCAUCCGUAAGGAGAUGUACGCCAAACUGGCCGCCCGUACGCCUGUGUCCACCGCUAUAUUUAAUUAUCUCAUCGAUUAUAAGUCACAUUGGAUUCAAAAGGGCUAUAAGACUCCGAUUGUCAAUACAUUAGUUUGCGGUAAAGUUAGGCAACAAUUGGGCGGAAAGUUACAGUAUAUGGUGGUCGGCAGCGCACCCCUCUCUCCACAACUACAGGCGCUCAUUAGGUGAGUUCACUGACAUCUCUCU